GGGGCGGCUGAGGCUGCUGUGAGAGGGCGCUCGAGGCUGCUGGAGAGCGAACCAGCCGAGGAGGCGGGGAGGCGGCUCCCGCAUUCGCUCUCCGGCUCGCUCGCUUCCCGGCGCCGCCGCUGCCGCUCCGCCGCCGCGCUUCCUGCUCGCCUGCCGCUCCGUUACGCGCCGUACUAGCAGCCGGGUCCGGGCUGGGCUCGGGAGUCGUGCUCGCGGGCGGACAUCGCGCGCGGAAGGCGAGCCGCGGCCACACCUGUGGAGCCGGCGGCCGCCCGGGUGCCUGUCCGGGGUCUCCCCGCGUGCGUGCUCGGGGCUGCGGGCCGCGAGGGCUCCCGGGGAGGCAGUCCCCCCACCCCCCCGGCUGGGCGCCCCACUGGCACCAUGGGGCUCCCGGCGCUGGAAUUCAGCGACUGCUGCCUGGACAGCCCGCACUUCCGAGAGACGCUCAAGUCGCACGAAGCGGAGCUGGACAAGACCAACAAAUUCAUCAAGGAGCUCAUCAAGGACGGGAAGUCCCUCAUCAGCGCGCUCAAGAAUUUGUCUUCAGCGAAGAGGAAAUUUGCAGAUUCCUUAAAUGAAUUUAAGUUUCAGUGCAUAGGAGAUGCAGAAACAGAUGAUGAAAUGUGUAUAGCAAGGUCUUUGCAGGAGUUUGCCAGUGUUCUCAGGAAUCUUGAAGAUGAACGGAUACGGAUGAUUGAGAAUGCCAGUGACGUGCUCAUUACACCCUUGGAGAAGUUUCGGAAGGAGCAGAUUGGGGCUGCCAAGGAAGCCAAAAAGAAGUAUGACAAGGAGACAGAGAAGUAUUGUGGAAUCUUAGAAAAACACUUGAAUUUGUCUUCCAAAAAGAAAGAAUCUCAGCUUCAGGAGGCAGACAGUCAAGUGGACCUGGUCCGGCAGCAUUUCUAUGAAGUAUCCCUGGAGUAUGUCUUCAAGGUUCAGGAAGUCCAAGAGAGGAAGAUGUUUGAGUUCGUGGAGCCUCUACUGGCGUUCUUGCAAGGACUUUUCACUUUCUAUCACCACGGUUAUGAACUGGCCAAGGAUUUCAGCGACUUCAAGAUGCAGCUGACCAUUAGCAUACAGAAUACAAGAAAUCGCUUUGAAGGCACCAGGUCAGAAGUGGAAUCACUGAUGAAAAAAAUGAAGGAGAAUCCCCUUGAGCACAAGACCAUCAGUCCCUACACCAUGGAAGGGUACCUCUACGUUCAGGAGAAACGUCACUUUGGAACUUCUUGGGUGAAGCACUACUGUACAUAUCAGCGGGAUUCCAAACAGAUCACCAUGGUACCAUUUGACCAAAAGUCAGGAGGAAAGGGGGGAGAAGACGAGUCGAUCAUUCUCAAAUCCUGCAUCCGACGGAAAACAGACUCUAUUGAGAAGAGGUUUUGCUUUGACGUAGAAGCAGUAGACAGGCCGGGGGUUAUCACCAUGCAGGCUCUGUCGGAGGAGGAUCGGAGGCUCUGGAUGGAAGCCAUGGACGGCCGGGAGCCGGUCUACAACUCGAACAAAGACAAUCAGAAUGAAGGAACUGCACAGUUGGACAGCAUUGGCUUCAGCAUAAUCAAGAAAUGCAUCCACGCUGUGGAAACCAGAGGUAUUAAUGAGCAAGGGCUGUACCGAAUUGUGGGGGUCAAUUCCAGAGUGCAGAAGUUGCUGAGUGUCCUGAUGGACCCCAAAACAGCUUCUGAAACAGAAACGGAUAUCUGUGCGGAAUGGGAGAUCAAGACCAUCACUAGUGCUUUGAAGACCUACCUAAGAAUGCUUCCAGGGCCACUCAUGAUGUACCAGUUUCAAAGAAGUUUCAUCAAAGCAGCAAAGCUGGAGAAUCAGGAGUCUCGGGUGUCUGAAAUCCACAGCCUUGUUCAUCGGCUCCCAGAGAAAAACCGCCAGAUGUUACAGCUGCUCAUGAACCACUUGGCAAAUGUUGCUAACAACCACAAGCAAAAUUUGAUGACAGUGGCGAACCUUGGCGUGGUGUUUGGACCCACCCUGCUUAGGCCUCAGGAAGAAACAGUAGCUGCCAUCAUGGAUAUCAAAUUUCAGAACAUUGUUAUUGAGAUCCUGAUCGAAAACCAUGAUAAGAUAUUUAACACAGUGCCUGAAACGCCUCUCACCAAUGCCCAGCUGCACUUGUCUCGGAAGAAGAGCAGUGACUCCAAGCCCCCGUCCUGCAGUGAGAGGCCCCUGACGCUCUUCCAUGCCACGCAGUCGACAGAGAAACAAGAACAAAGAAACAGCAUCAUUAACUCCAGUUUGGAAUCUGUCGUCUCAUCAAAUGCAAACAGCAUCCUUAAUUCUAGCAGCAGCUUACAGCCCAACAUGAACUCCAGUGACCCAGACCUGGAUGUGCUCAAACCCACCCGGCCCAACUCACUCCCCCCGAAUCCAAGCCCAACUUCACCCCUCUCGCCAUCUUGGCCCAUGUUCUCGGCGCCAUCCAGCCCUAUGCCCACCUCAUCCACGUCCAGCGACUCAUCCCCCAUCAGGUCUGUGGCAGGGUUUGUUUGGUUUUCUGUUGCUGCCGUUGUUCUCUCAUUGGCUUGGUCCUCUCUUCAUGCAGUGUUCAGCCUCCUCGUCAACUUUGUUCCCUGCCAUCCAAAUCUGCACUUGCUUUUUGACAGGCCAGAAGAAGCAGUUUGUGAAGACUCCAGCACCCCGUUCCGGAAGGCAAAAGCCUUGUAUGCCUGCAAAGCUGAGCACGACUCAGAGCUCUCGUUCAUCGCAGGCACGGUCUUCGAUAAUGUUCACCCAUCUCAAGAGCCAGGCUGGUUGGAGGGGACUCUGAAUGGAAAGACGGGCCUCAUUCCCGAGAACUAUGUGGAGUUCCUCUAACCGUGGGCCCAGCAGAACUGCUGAGCUUUCCAUGGUAUCCAUGACAACUGCUGAGUCCAGUGUUGCAGACCAUUUCUCUGCUGCCGAGAAGUGCAGGGUGACUGACUCUGCUGCUCCCUGUCAACACCAGUGUUUGUGCGAACUUUGGUGUCACCCAUUCCCACGAUCAUCUCAGCUGACCUGUGGUGUCGUUGCAAGAAACAGAAGUAAAUCAGCAGGGGAGGCCAUUUGAUUUUGAAAACCAAGAGAAAGGCUGGCCCAGCCAUCUCUCUCAUUCAGCCCCCAAAUGGGGAGCAUUCCUUUUGUCUCAACAGUUACCCAAAUUCCCAGCCUUCUGAAAGUGGAAGAUCCUUUAGAGCAUGUAGGGCUGGGUCAGGGCUACGAGAUCCAGGCUAGGCCAUUGCUCUUGUUUACAGCAGACGCUCUCACCCACCUCUCCAUCCUCGAGACCCACAGGGCUCCAGCAGCUGGGGCUAUUUGUUUGCAUGCAGGAUGGAGAGGGCUCACAGCACUGUUUACAUAAGAUCCAAUCUCUCACCAUCUCCAAAACAGCCUUGGCCCAGCAUCAGCAGAAUUCAGUCCAGUCCUCUCAUGCAAGGGAGCACACACACCCCACAUUCCCCUCCUCCCAUGCCAGGAACUUCUCUGCCACUGAGGGCUGCCAUCGCCUCGUAACCAUGGCAACCCAAUCUACUCUAAACCAAACCAAAAAAAUAACACACUCUCUUUGCAUCACAUUUUUUUUUUCUUCCCCCUUUUGUGUGGUUUUUUUGAAUGAUUUUCCAAUAACCUGGCGCAAAAGAUCAAGAAAUGGUCUGCUGAGGGCAGACAGAAAGAAUAGCAACUGGGAACUGUUUCCUUUCUGAUUUAUUUCAGCAGCAUCAGGAUAUAUUUGGAGUAAACUUUAGUAACCUCUUGAGAUUAAAUUACAUCUAGGCUUAAUAUUUCUGUUCUUCCAUGCAACUGGUGUUUGCUUCCUAGAGGGCAAUAUGCCGCCUCCCCAUGGGUGACACCCUCCCUUUCCUGCCUCAGUCCCUAAUGGCCUCCCGUUUACCUGUCCUUGCCCCUGCCCUCAUCUGGCCUCUAUCCCAUCACUGACCAUCCCUGGCAGUUUGCAGAUGCCCUGGUGGUUUACAGGGCUGGUUCCUAGGCUAGCCCUAUGGUCUAUUGUUUAAAAGGACAUAUAUGUUCACUGCCUCUCAGAAAAAGGGAAUUAUUUCUCAGGCUUUUGAGGCAUGAGACUAAUGUCAUGAGCCAUUGUGAUUCAAGAGGACACCAAAAGCUUGAGGCAUAGAAAGUGGGCAUUUCCUGGUCCCCAAGGGGCUGGAUGUUGGGUGGGGAAGUUCGGCCUGGACACUCAGAUUCACUUGGCCUCCAAAGGACAGAGUCCCCAGGAUCUUCCACACUUGAAUGUCUUUGCAAGCAUGGCUCUGGGUAGACAAACUCUAGACUGAUGGAUUGUCAGGCUCCUGGACCUCUCCGAAGGCAGCCACGUUUCAGAGUGUGCCCUGCUCCUGGAAUUCCUUUUUAGGGAAGUUGAAAGAAGAAAAGAAAAACUUGAAUUGUGUUGGAUUACUGUAUCUUUUACAUUUUUUUGAAAAGAUAAAACUGUAAAUAGAGUGAUUUGAAAUACUAUAUGGCAAAGUUUUAUAUUUGAUAUUCUUGAAGCUAGUUGCCCCACACAUUUUAAGCUUUAAUUGCUGAACAAGUGUGUAUAAGAAGGAAAAUUAGUCUUGUUGAAGGGAGUCAAGGUCACCCCUCCCUGGCCUUGAGGAAGGAAAAAGUAUUUCUGUACACACUCUUCUGGCUCUUGUCAGUGGACAUAACACAUCGAUGUUAUGCCCACCAGUCUUCUUUAUCCAGAGGUGGUUUUGAGCAUUUCUUGGGCUUUGGGUUUGGCGAUGGAAAGAGCAUCUUCAGGCAAAGAAUCUUGCCAAGAACUCCUGCUCCUACUCAGCUUAGGGGGCCAGAGCUUAGAUUAUUUUUUUCAUUUUUCUUCUCAGGUGUGUUUCUUGGUACCCCAGGAUAUCAGGACAGAAGAAUAUAGGAUAGUUGCAUACACCUUUUUCUGCACAUCUUCUAAGACUUUAUGAGUGAAGCCAAGCGAAUUUGUAAAUGUUGUGUGUGUCCAAGUUCUGAGGAAAACUGGCUUCUUAGGAUCUUUUGUUCUCAUUAUACUGUGGCUUCCCCUUUCCCUGGACAUGUUCAUGCCCUUCCUGUUCAUCUCAGAUUUCCUGUAACCCCAAACAAAGGGAAAAACUCCAAAGAGGAUUGGAGAAUGUGCGGUUAGAGGUUUGUAGCUGGUUUCCAAGUUACUGGGAGUUUGCCAUCAUGACUCAGUUUGUGGGUUCAGGGUAACCCAGCGACCACCCAGGAGCUCCCCCAGCAGCAGUUGGGACACUACGACAGGUCAGGGAGCAAGGAAUAAGACUGGGAAAAAUCCAGAUAGGACUCAGCAAAGCUGUCACUGAAAACCCAAGAAGGAAAUUUAUGAAUAGACUCCUCCUGCUCCCUGUGGACUUGGAAUAGCCUAGGGACCUGUUCCAAGGGCCUGAGAAGACAAGCACACUAUUCUGCUGUGCUUCCCAAAUAGGAGGAGUGCAAUGUGAUGCUUUUAACACAUUUUAUAUUGUCACCACCCCGUGGAACCUUGACUAGAACUAACAUGGAGGAAAAGUGCAGGCCCUGGCCGGGAGUCCUCACUGGAACGUAUCAGUGGACACUUGGGCCCGGCUUGACCACUUGGAAACAUGUUCUUCCCUCCUCAGUUGGCCCUGAUUUGAAGCCAGGGGGAAAUAGAGCUGCUGCUAAUGAGAAUUUUUAGGUAGAUCCCUUCCCAGCAUCCUUGUGGCCAUGCUGGACCUGUGGCAGAUGGCUGCUCUAUCUCUUGGCCCAGCCAGGCUUACCCCUCCCCAGAACUGGAGAAAUGCAUAUGAAAGGAGCUGACAAAUAGGAAGUGUUCUGGAGACUAAAACUACAUUUCCCAUCUCCACUGUCUCUGCCUCUCUCCCCCACUCUUUCCCCUUGCCCCAACCCUUUAUUGGUUCUACUUGAAUGGAGAACUUUAAGACAGAUUAGGGGUGUGGACCAGGCUUUAGAGUGGAAGAUUGUUGAUCAAGGUCCCUGAGCUUCCCCAGGGGGCCUAGUUUCUUUUGUAACUAGAUCUGCUGGGCUAACAGAGCCUGAGCCUUUUUUGGGUAAUAAGAUCAGUCUCUCACCCACUUCAGGUACUCACAGAAGUCUACAGAAUGCCAUGUCCUAACUAGUUUUAAACCCCUGCCCCCAGGCAAGUAGAUUCCUGAUUCACUCAAGAUUGGUGGUAUUCUCUUCUCUUUUCAAAAACAAAGGUAUAGGGGUAGACCCAGUAUAAGCCUCCUUCCUUGGUUUCCUUAAUUGGAGCCAGUUUUUAGCUUACUGUUUUAGUAUUUCAACGGCCAAUGUGUUUUCUUGUCAGACCAAAUGUCUUGUUCAGGCCCAUUCAAAUUUAUCCACUCUUGUUGAGGAUUUUGUAUUAACAGAGGUAGAGAAAGAGAUCAAGACAGUCAAGUUCCUAGUGACAAGGUCUCUCAGGCUCUGGUCAGGACCCCAUCGUUGUAUGUGCCCUAUCUGGCUUGAAAGGAAGUCCUUCUAUCAACUGCAUUUGUGACUCCUGAAAACAGCAAUCCCAGUCUCACCAAAAGUUUAGUCCUGACUCCAGAGACAUCCAUGAUUAAGUGAUAGGGAGACAAAUAAUUGACUGAUGAUAACUUGACCACCUAUUUGUGAUUGACUAUUGGCACCUUUCAUCCACUGGCUUUUCUUUCCAAAAACAAGUCUGGACCACCCAUCUUUGUAGACGCAGGACUGCCAGGUACAACAGUGGCCAUUGUGGCACCUGCAGUUUCCCUAGUAUUGAAUGUCUGAUGAGCCACCGCAUCACCCAAGUGGGUCGCCAGCACUGAAGAAACCAAACAGCCUCUUAGCUGCCUGGCUUUCAAAGGAGUGUCCUAGGUGUUCCGUCCCAGGAGUUAUCUGUCAUCUCUGGCAAACUCGACAGUAACCAAUUACCUAGACAACCCUGCCCCACAUCUCUUUAAGCUAGCUGGGUGUCCUCUCACACACCCUGUACUGGUGUUUAAAAAAUUUAUCUCAUGCUCAAAUGUGUUUGGCAGCCACACUGAUCUGCCAGGCGCAGAACUACUCUGUAAUUGUAGUGUCAAAGUGACAACAGCGGCAGCGCAUUGCACUGUGCACGAUUCCACAGCAGAACCCAGCAGGUUGUCUAACUAAAGAGCUCCCCAAAGCAGAGGGAGAGACCUUAGAGAGUGCAGACUUCAUUCAGAGCCAGUCUUUGCUGAAUUGUGGUCUUCUAGUGGAAGCACACGGAUUCUUGGGAAAGUAUUGGGUGUAAAGCAACAAUAGGAACAGAGAGAAAGAAAAAGGCGAACCAGACUGAAGAACUUCGAAUUUUUUUUAAGAGGUAUAAAUAUAGUUCUUAAUACAGGAAGGGGAAAAAAUCUAUCACAAAAGAAGUUCACCACUGAUACCUUUUACAAAAGUUGUACAGGACCCGACGAGAUAGAAACAUCUUGCCCUAAACCCCAUAUAAGGGUAGCAGUUACUAUCAGGUCAAAAUUCUCUUGAGUGUAGUAAGAACCAGAGUACUGGUCAUCAAGAUGUCGGAAUAACCUGGAGAGAUCAAGACUUCCUACGCCAUUCUGCAUGGACCAUCCCUACAAAGUUGUUCAGACACCUAUGAGCGCCUCCUUGGAGAUCCAGAUGCCAGAGUCAACCUUGUACCUGUGAAAGUAGUUCAUCUAAUGAUUCUAAAGUAUACAUGUAUCAGUAUGUGUCUGUGGAUGUAUGUAUGGUGCACAUUUGCACAUGUAAAGAUACUCAUAGAAACUCACAUAAACUGGCAGUCACUGAGCCUUUGCAGCCUUUAAGAAUUAAAGGCUGAGAAUUCAAGAAACAAGAGAAGCUGUUGACUAUCAAAAUGACCAGACAUGUAAAUGAAGUGCCAUUUUAAAACUUUGUCCAUAUUAAAUGAUUACUAUCUACAGCUAUAUUCCAUAUUAACUUAUUAAAAGUCAUCUUGAAAAAAAGAUCAAAUGCAUACGUGUUUAGUAGUUAAUACUAGACUAGUGUUCCGAAGCACUCUAAAAGACAUCUGGACCAUGUUUCAGAGAAGAAAAUAUCUGCAUGUUUAAUUCAUAAUUUAGGCUACCUUUGAGUAUGUUAUAAAAGUGCAGUGUGGUAUAAUAUCAAUAAAGUACUCAAAAAAUGGCACUUUAAUGUUUUUAUAAAUCAUAAAUAAUGCACUGUUUUAAACUUCAGUUCAGUAUUGAAUAUUGACUGGUGUGUAGAAUCCAAUUCCGUAAUUACAAAGUAAUUUGUGACUAGAAUAGAACUUUUCUCCUGUUAUUAAUGAAACAGUUUUGCCAUGUUCAAGCUUUAAAAUAAUGUGCUUUUGCAUCACAAAGCAUAUCUAUAAAGAAGUACAAUUUCUGUUGAGUGGCCUUGAAACUUGGCCUUCUUACAAUUGUUUGGUUUAUGUGACAAUCCCAAUAAAACAAGUGGAAGUAUGAUUUUUGAAUUAAAUGACUUUUCCAUUUGA